AUGCAGGCUCCGGUGAUUGUUAUGAACACUAAUGCGGAAAGAGAGACUGGGCGGAAAGCUCAAGUCUCAAAUAUUACCGCUGCUAAGACUGUUUCUGACAUAAUUCGUACAUGUCUUGGACCUCGCUCAAUGCUUAAGAUGCUUCUCGAUCCGAUGGGCGGUGUCGUUCUAACCAAUGAUGGUAACGCUAUACUUCGCGAAGUCGAAGUAGCACACCCCGCUGCAAAAAGUAUGAUUGAGCUAAGCAGAACACAAGACGAAGAGGUUGGAGACGGUACCACCAGCGUUAUUAUAUUGGCUGGUGAAGUUCUAGCGCAGGCAUUGCCUUACUUGGAAAGGAAUGUUCAUCCAAUUGUCAUUAUAUCGGCAUUCAAAAAAGCUCUCGAAGACGCGAUAAAAGUUAUCGACGAUAUUUCUAAGCCAGUCAACGUUGAUGAUCAUGAUGAAAUGUUAAAGUUGGUGAAAAGCGCUAUUGGUACAAAGUUUGUGAGCCGAUGGAGUGAUAUGAUGUGUAAAUUGGCAUUGGAUGCGGUGAGAACUGUUGCUAAAGAGGAAGAUGGAAAACGUGAAAUCGACAUUAAAAGAUAUGCUCGCGUUGAAAAGGUUCCUGGUGGUGAAAUAGAAGAAUCCAGAGUUUUAGAUGGUAUCAUGCUAAACAAGGAUGUUACCCAUCCUAAUAUGCGACGAAAGAUUGAAAACCCUCGAAUAGUUUUAUUGGAUUGCCCUCUUGAAUAUAAGAAAGGAGAAUCACAGACUGCCGCAGAAAUUGUGGAUGAAAGUCAUUGGAAUAGAUUAUUGCAGAUCGAAGAGGAACAAAUAAAAGAAAUGUGUGACAGGAUCAUAUCAUUGAAGCCCGAUCUUGUAUUCACGGAAAAAGGAGUUUCUGAUCUCGCACAACAUUAUUUGGUGAAGGCUAACAUUACUGCUAUUCGGCGUGUACGUAAAACCGAUAAUAAUCGAAUUGCACGUGCUGUCGGUGCAAAUAUUGUAAAUCGACUCGAGGAUUUGAAAGAAGAGGACGUUGGUACAAAAUGUGGCUUAUUCAAUAUAGAAAAGAUUGGAGAUGAGUAUUUCAGUUUUCUUGUUAAAUGUGAAAAUCCGAAAGCAUGCACGAUUUUGCUUAGAGGGCCAUCAAAAGAUAUCCUAAACGAAGUAGAACGCAACCUUCAGGAUGCAAUGUGUGUUUCAAGAAACGUUUUCUUUAACCCCCUACUGGCUCCUGGUGGUGGUGCAACCGAGAUGGCUAUAAGUGUCAGGCUAUCCGAAAAUUCUAAGAAAUUGGAAGGAGUGGAACGAUGGCCAUAUAAAUCGAUUGCGGAAGCACUAGAGGUUAUCCCUAGAACUUUAAUUCAGAAUUGCGGUGGCAACUCCAUUAAAGUUUUAACGCAAUUAAGGGCUAAACAUGCUACCGGUAAUCAUACAUGGGGAAUUGAUGGUAUUUCUGGGAAUAUUGUUGACAUGAAUGAAUACGGCAUCUGGGAGCCCAACGCCGUAAAAGUUCAAACGAUUAAGACUGCCGUUGAGGCUGCUUGCUUGCUUCUUCGAGUAGAUGAUAUUGUAUCUG